AUGGGAAGUUUGACUGUAGAACAAAAUGAUCCUUGCUUAUUUCGCUUGGCUGCAGCUUUUUCAUCCGAUCAGAUAGAUUGCAUCUGUGAAGCUCUUUAUCAAGCUCGUGAUGGUGAAAAGUUGCUAGAAUUAUUUCAACCAAAUGUAAAAAGUAUUAUGAUUUACCGGUGCAGAUAUUUUUCAAGUUCUGUUCUUCGUGCCUAUUUAUAUGCAUUAUAUUACAGUAAGCAAUAUGAAGAAUUAUUUCAGACUAUCGCAUCGAAUACAUUUGAGCAAAAGUUUUAUAGCGAACUGCAAGAUUUGUGGUAUAAAGCACGUUAUGCAGAGAAUGAAGAAAAGCGUCACAAAGAAUUAGGCGCUGUGGAAAAAUAUCGUCUGCGGAAAAAACAUCCCCCUCCGCGGUCUAUUUGGGAUGGUCAAGAAACAAUUUACAGUUUCAAGGAAAACGCUAGAAAUGAAAUCAAUUUCUAUUUAAUUUCAAUGCAGAAAUUAGUUGAUACAAUUCUUUUUCAGAUUCUUCGUCAGUUUUAUAAAAGAAACAAGUAUCCUACGCUUGAAGAUAAGAAGGAAAUAGCACGGGUAACUGAUUUAAAGGUCGUUCAGGUCAGUUUUAAGAUUUCAAAUUGGUUCAAAAAUAGACGACAACGUGAUAAAAAUUCAUCAAACAGAAAUCAAUUUUCCCCCGCGCUGCCUAUGCAAUUUGAAAACUUCACUUUGUGA